AUUCUAUAAAUGGCCUCCUCAACACCCUCAACGACCUCUUCCUCCUUUCUUCCUUCCCCUCUGUUAGAUUUCAGGCUUUCCAGUUCUUCUAGUUUCCACUCUUAAGAUCUGAGGUUCUGUUAGUUUGUCUUAAGGAAAUUUCUGCCUUUUCCUCUGUUUUGUUUUGCGUUCGUUUUUUUUUCCUUAAUAGCCUCGUCGUUUUCGCUCUUUUUGAGGUUUUGAUUUUUGUGCUUUUACUACCAAAUCUUGGGCUUUGGGUUCGAUACCAAAACCCAUAUAGUCAGGCCGUUGAAGUCUCCAUUUUUUUCCGGCAAAAAGGGUCUUGCUUUUGCAGAGAUCUGCCGAAGAAAAAUCUGUGUCCCUUUUCAAUCUUGAUGUGUAACAUAAUUGUUCUAGAUGUUUGAGGUUCAUGUCUCCAGUUCUCAGUGAAAUCCUCCGUUCCGGGUUUAUGAUCAAUUCCUCACUCAGACGCCGGACCCACCUAGUUCAAUCUUUCUCUGUUGUGUUCCUAUACUGGUUCUAUGUUUUUUCAUAAAUCAUCUUUCAUCCCUGUUUGAGUUAUACAUAAUAUAACUAGAUAUUAUCAUAUGAAUUAGAUAGUUAAUACUAUUAUUACUGUUCUCUGGGUUCUGGUGGUUUUUUAUUUUGUUUGAAGUCCUAAAGGUUUCUCGAAUUAUAACGUCUUGUUCUUCUGGAUAAUCCAUCUAUUUGGUGUAAAACAAGAGUUAAAAAACACAGACAAAAUCGGGAUGGCUUCCACCAGUGGAAAUUCCUCAGGGUCCUCGCAAACUCAGAACUCUGGGUCAGAGGGAGACUUGCAGCUCUUGAUGGAUCAAAGAAAGAGGAAAAGAAUGCAGUCGAAUCGGGAAUCCGCGAGGCGGUCCCGGAUGCGAAAACAGCAGCACUUGGAGGAUCUGAUGGCUCAGGCGGCACGGCUCAGUAAGGACAACAACCAAAUCCUCACAAACAUAAACAUCACCACCCAGUAUUACAUAAAUGUCGAGGCCGAGAAUUCAAUCCUCAGGGCUCAGGCGGUGGAGCUGAGCCAGAGACUAGACUCCCUCAAUGAGAUCCUUAAUUUCAUCAGCACCAGCGGCACCGGGGUUUACGACUCCGAUCAGACCCUUCAAACAAGCGCCGAUAGCUUCAUGAACCCCACGAAUUUGAUCUAUCUUAACCAACCCAUCCCGGCUUCUGCAGACAUGUUUCCGUACUAAUAAUAAAAAUCAUCACCAGGGAUUGGAAAAAUGCUUGAUAAUGGGUCGAUUUAUGGUUGUCUUUUAAUAUCAUUUUCGUGGUGGUGGUGGUCGUUGUUGUUAUUGUUUUUCAUGCCCCAUCUUGGCCUCAAUGAGUGGUGCGCUGUUAUGAGACCAGGGGUGUGUGGGUGGGUGUGUGGGGGGUGGGGGAGCUGGUCCAGAAGGGAGAGGGACCCUUUGUCUGGGUUCCUGUUCUGUAAAAUGGGUCGUUCUAAUCAUGGUGUAAAGGGCUUUUGAUGUAUGAUUUCUCUCUGGUAUAUCAAUAUUAUUAGUAUUAAUCUUCA